CUGCCAACGCACGCGACCUCCUUUGCCUCUCCCCAAAAUCUCUCCCGUUUCCAUCCCAUCCGCCGCCGCCGCCUCGCCCCUAUCUACCCCGUCCAAGCAAGGCGCCGGCCACUUGAGAGCGGAGAAGGAGGAGAUGCAGGGUGGCCUCAUCGGAAGGGAGCGACGAUGGCGCACAGGACGAGAUCGCCGACCUCCUCUACGUCGCCGGGGGCGUGUGUCUCGUGCUGAUCCACAUAUAUGGUGGCUGCGAGCAAGCCACCGGCGUUGGGUCGAUGGUGCCGUGCCUCGGCGACCGGGAUCAGACAAGGUAGAUGGGAAGCAGCGCCCCCUCUCCCCGAGCCCCAUGUCCAUGGCAACAACAGUGAGGUGAGCAGCGGCAAAGGUGCCUCCGCCGAGGUGGUGGUCGGCGUUCGGCAUCUAGCAGAGGUGCGUGGACUAGCAGCGGCUGCGGCAAUGCAGAGAAGUUGGAGGCCAGGAGGCGGGGCAAGAAGAUGGGGAUGGCGAGGCAGAGGAAGCGGUGGGCGGAGGCAGAGGAAGGAGAGUGGGCAAACUGCAUAGGGAGAUGCAGAGGAGACGGGUCGGCAGCAGGCAGAACGAGCAGCUGGGCGGCAAGGGCAUGGGGCCGGAGGAACCAAGAUCGACACAUCCCCAUCUAAUCUUCCGCGAGGGAACGAGUGCACCUGUACCAUCUCAGCCAGGCGAGAAAAUUGCAACAUAUCUUGUUCAUCCAGUAGAUAUGUCAACAGGAACAGAUUUGAAGGAACAACAAGCAUUCAACCAACUCAGCCGGCAACAGAAGCUCCGUCUCUGCCUAAAUCUUAAUUUUCCAUUCUCUGACCUGAUUAGUGGAAAGCUUUUUUUAAUCAAAGAUUAGUGGAAAACUUGUGCAGUGAAUGUGCUUCGACUCAUGGAGAUUUAGAUUUCUUCCUUAACUUGUAGCAAAAUCAUCUCCCAUGGUGCAGGACAUAUUUAAUUAGCCAGUCAAGUUAGACGUAUGCAUCAGUUUAAUCUGCUGUAAGUAAGUACAUACUGAUGUACUAGUGUCUGAUCAUCUUUGAUUGAUGUAUAUACAUUCUACCUAAGAUGUGAUACAUUUUCCACACAUAGUGUACCCUGUACUGACAAGCUACUACAUGUUUAUAUUAUGAGUUCUGAGGAUUAUAAGUUUAUAAUUCACAUUAAGAAUCAACUGCUUAUGCUCAUGAAUAAUGUGGAGAUGGGUUUCAUCUAAUUUUCUUUGAAUAAUGCAUACCCUUUUGCACUCAUUGAAGUGUUUUUAUAUGAGAGCGAAAGAGUUACGUUCUCGACAUAAUUUGAUAUGUAUGCAAAAUGUUGUGAUAUGAUGACAGACGACUCAUGAGUUCACGGCUGCUCGUACAAUACUUAUGUUUCCUUGAU